AUCACUCCUCGUUACCUUUUCGAACCUUCCAAAUCUCAAAAUCCUCUCUGUCGGUUCUGUUCCCGGAAUCUCAGAUCCGACCGACGGAGCAGGAAGAUGAAGGUGAUAGAUAAGAUCAGAGCUCUUGUGGAGGAACAAAACAAGGUCGUUUUCUCGUUCGAGUACUUUCCCCCCAAGACUGAGGAUGUAGUGGACAACCUGUUCGAGAGGAUGGAUCGGAUGGUGGCGCACAAUCCUGCAUUUUGCGACAUCACCUGGGGAACCGGUGGCUCCACCGCUGAUCUCACCUUCGACAUUGCCAACAAGAUGCAGAACAUCAUCUUUGUUGAGACCAUGAUGCAUCUCACCUGUACCAACAUGCCUGUCGAGAAGAUCGACCACGCGUUUGGGACUAUCAAGUCUAAUGGCAUCCAGAACGUUCUCGCUCUCCGUGGAGGUCCGCCUCACGGCCAGGACAAGUUCGUCCAGGCGACAGUGCCCAAGAAAGACUUGCAGGAAGUGAACCACAAAGUUUGUUUUGAUGUUGAAAUUGCCGGAAAACCUGCUGAAACUCCGCCGACGAUCCGCGCUCCAAGUUCCUCUCUUUGCUCCCCCAUGGGGACGACCCUCAAGAGCUCGCAGACUCAGGCGUCCAGUCACAGCGUCCUCAUUGUCGGUAAUUACUGCCACGAUGUUCUUCUUCGGAACGGCACCAUCAUUGCCGAGACUAUUGGGGGCGCCGUCUCUUUUAUUUCCAACGUCUUUGACGCCCUAUCUGUUUCGUGUCAUUUGACAUCGAAAGUAGGGCAAGAUUUUAAAUACUCAGUUCGUUAUGAACCGAUUGUUGUGUCCUCUGCGAGGACUACUGUUUUCCAUGCAGAAUUUGGUGUAGGUUUGCGCGGGAAUGGGCACCAAGAUCGGGUCUUGAAACGGGUUGAGGCCUGCGAACCAAUUCAUGCGGCAGAUCUUCCCGAUAUGCGGUUUGAUUUUGGGAUGGCGGUUGGGGUUGGCGGUGAGAUACUUCCCGAGACGCUUCAGAGAAUGGUUGAGAUUUGUGAUGUUGUGUUGGUGGAUAUUCAGGCACUGAUUCGGGUUUUUGAUGGGAAUGAUGGGACCAUGAAGCUUGUGGGGUUAAAGGAGAGUGGAUUUUAUCAUCUGCUACCGAGAAUUGGGUUUUUGAAGGCUUCGGGGGAGGAGGCCUUGUUUAUGGAUGUUGAGGAGGUGAGGAAGUGGUGCUGUGUGGUGGUAACACAUGGUAAAGAUGGGUGCAAGUUGUAUUGGAAGGAUGGAGAGAUGAAAAUAAGGCCAUUUUCAGCGAAUCAGAUUGAUCCAACAGGUGCUGGGGAUAGCCAUUUAGGUGGUUUUGUUGCUGGGUUGGUUCAUAGGUUGGCUGUGCCCGAUGCUGCUUUGUUGGGAAACUUCUUUGGUUCUCUUACUGUUGCACAAAUAGGUCUGCCCAAGUUCGACUUCAGACUGUUGCAGAAAGUCAAGGAUGAGGUGCAGAGAAGGAAGAUGCAGUACAGGUCUGAUAGCAGAGUUGAAGAGCUGAAGCAUAUGAACCCAGCAGGACACGAGGAAUUCCAUGCUUCCCUAACUGCAGUUAAAUCAAUGUCUACACAUCCAAUUGAAGAGUGUGAACAAGAUUUUCUGGUACCGCUACCUCCUCCCAAGGCAGUGGAGCAGGUCAGCAAGGAUGAGGACACGAGGAAUUCAAUGCUUCCCUAACUGCAGUUAAAUCAAUGUCUACA